AACGAUAACCACAAAACUGGUAAAAAUAACUUUUAAAAAACUUGAAAAGCACCUGCCUGGAUGAACUGGUCAGCGGAAACUCUAAAAAAGUGGUUAUUUUUAGAAGCAUGCAUCGCCGUUUGUUGUAGUUAUUACGGAAAGAAACAGGUUUUCCACUUUGUAGAUGACCACUGUCUUUGUUGGAGUUUCUUUCAGUGAUUUGAACUGCGGAGUCUCGAAAGAAGUUUCAUUGACUGGUGUUACCGUUUUCAUAUUUCCAUGUUGUUCAACACGUCUUUGUUGCCAAGUUCGCCAAAUACGACAACAACUUCGCCAACCCCCAUUUUAAACGAACUUUCUCCAGUUGCAGUCGAUGAGCAGAUUUUCUUCCAAACCGCCGCUGCUCGCGGAAUUUCGGGUAUCUUUGUGUGGUUAUCUUUAAUUAUAACCUGCCAUCAGGUGAGGAAUAGUUAAAUUUGAAAGAAAAGUAUUUACAAGAUACACGAAACGAAAGUGUACAUUGAAUUCCUACGCGAACUAGCGGUUGUAUUUGUAAUAUGGUUUUGCCGAUUUCUCCUCUCAUAUCGGAACCAAUUUUUCUAAGUCAAAAAAUCUUGGACUCAAAAUCUGCCCAUUUUAUUACAGCAAGACCCAAACUUCAAACUCCAACUUGCAUCAAUGUACAAGUUUGGAAGGGGCAUGACCUAUUGUUGUUUUCAUGUCUUUUCUCAUCACUAGGAGUGACUCUCAACUCCUCUACAAUGUUGGGAAGACUCUUGAAAUCCAUUUUUACGUUAGAUUUGUUGUUUUCUAUUAGAAAAUUUUAGGCUUUAUUUAGAUCUUUGUUUAGAUCGUCUGUAGUCGCAGCGAGUUUUGACAACUGAUAAAUUUCAAACCAAUUUCCUUUCUACAAUCACCCGCAGUGAGUAGUGAAACUUCAGUUACGUUAUUUCAUAUGUCGCGAACGAUUCUGUUUAAAGAGAGUACAGCUGCAUGUGCUUGCAACAUAGAUCAUUUGAAAGGUAAAAAUAUAAAACGACUAUCAAAGAUAAAUUAUCGGUGAUUUUUUGAGGAUGAAUCGUACAACUGAGAAACGUUUAUCUGACACUCAAAUCAAUGUAAUAAAUAUUUCCUCUUCAAACUAUGACAUUGUAUUUCUUGUAUUACUAAGAAUAAAAUUAUGAUUAAGUAUUGCAUGCCAGGAUUGCUGGUUGUCACAGAUAGCUUGUGAAUGGCAAAGACAGCUUGUAAAUAAGGUCUUUCAUUUUCAGUAAUUAAAAUUGACAUUAAUGAAAAUCCCUUUAGAAGAGAAGUAUUCUCCGGAAACCAUAUGCUUUGAUUCAUCUCUAAUGUUAGUGAAUAUAUUCAAAUACUAACUACUUACUGCAUUUUGAGAUUUCCAAAAGAUAACCUAUUCCUUUGAAAAUUGUCUUUUAAAAUUGUGCAGGAAGUGUGUUUUGUUUAUGAUUGUAGGUUGAUGUUUUAACUCAUUCUAUCUUGCAGAUUUAUCAACAUUUAAGGUAUUACACUAACCCAAAUGAGCAGAGGUGGAUUGUGAGAAUCCUGUUUAUUGUUCCUAUCUAUGCAUUUGAUUCCUGGUUGAGCUUGUUAUUUUUUGAACAGUCAUAUUAUGUCUACUUUGACAGUAUCAGGGAUUGUUAUGAAGGUACUUAACAUUUUUUAAUUUAUCUUACCAAUGUAAUGCCAGCUUCUGAAAACAAUAGCUUAUCAAAACACACCAUAGAAUGAAUAACUGUCUUAAUACUUCCAAACAUGACAACAAAGAUGUAACAGUCUAAACUAUGGAAAAAUGUAUGUUCUUUGAUCAUGUUCCUUUUUUUUUGGUGGAAUGAAAAUCAUGAUCUUUACUUGUUAUUGUAUAUUAUCCCUAUGAUAAAAUCAAGUGAAUUGUAGACUACUCACUGAGCCUGCAUGUUGAGAAUAUGAAGUAAUUGGGUCAGUCUUUAACCCUUAAACUCCCAAGAUCCAAUUGUCAAUUCUCCCUUCUAGCUACUACACAUUUCUUUGUAAGUUAGUUGUGAGGAUUUUAUGGUAGAUCAAGAAAACGACUUCUACCCAAUAAGUUUGGGUAUUCUCAUUACCUGUUUGCUGGAUAAUGAAUGGAUAUUAUAGGGAGAAGUUACAUGUUAAUCACUUCUGGGAGUUAAAGGGUUAAAGAAACUGUGGUGCUGCAUCAGUAGGGGAUAUAACAAGAUUUCAUCAGAGAUUGCAAUUGUGACAUGCAUUCUGCGUGUGGCCAGGAUAGGCAAUGUUGAAAGCAUUGAUUGAUUUAAUAGAGAAAGAUAGAUGCUGAUUGAGCUCUGUCAUGGGAAGAGUUAAAAUUGACACCUGAUAAAUAUUCUUUGGUCACUAGUGCAGUAGCAUUUUAUUUUGUUAUAUUUGGUGUCCUUGAGAAACUUACUUAGGAAAACCACAUAGCAACCAUCUUUUGCCUUUUACAGAGUGAUUUUAACAAGAUAUACACAAUCCUUAUAAAAAGGAGUGCAAACAUCUCACAAAGCAGCCCUGUUAUUGUCAUAAUUGAUGUAAAUAACUGUUAAGAGCUCAUUACUUUAGGAAGAACGUACAGUUUUCUAUAUUUAAUUUCUGUCUUGGGUAAAAAUGUUGAUUGCCAAAAUCUUCUGACCAGAAUAGAAAAUGAUUGUCAGCUAAGGGGUAACAUGAAGGUGGUUGUGAAUAGAAUUUCCUUUGGCUUUUGUGGUGUGGCUGUUAUUCCAGUCUUUUGAAAUUGGUUGUCUUUUUUUUUCAGCAUUUGUUAUCUACAACUUCUUGAGUUUGUGUUACGAAUAUUUGGGAGGUGAGAUGUCAAUCCUAAGUGAGAUAAGAGGACGACCAAUCAAGUAAGUGAAUCAUCACAGACUGGCAGAUUUUACAUAAAUUGUUGGCCUUGUGGUAUUUUUUAGCCACAAGAGUAUAUUAUUAGGGAUACUAAAUUUGUCUGUAUGUUGCCUUAAUUGAUGGCUCAGAAAAUGCCAGUGAUGUUCUUUAAAAGGCAUGCAAAGUAUUUCAUGACAUGCUUUUGGAAUAUUUGAAAUUUCUUAGAGCACGCAAGUCAUAUCAUUCACCAAAAUGAGUGUUGGCACUUAAAUGAACAAAACAUAAUUAUGUGAAUUUGGCAAACAUUUUAACUGUUAUCAUAACAUGAAGCUGUGUAGCAUUAGGUAACUGGAAUAUCAAGGACUGUGAGUGCACUGAACAAGUUGGAAUGUUACUUAAUCACAUUGCCUAAACUUUUUUUAGCUCUUAAUCAUUGUUUGUCUUUUCAAUAGAUAAGCUGCUUUUACUGGAAUUUUUCCAUGAGUUCUUUUUCAUGAUCCUCUUUUUUUUUUCAGAGCCAGUUGGUUAUGGUGCACAUGUUGUUUAACAGGAUGUCAAUAUACAAUAGUGUUCUUAAGAUUCUGUAAACAGGUGAGGUCUGAUAUAUCACCUUAGAUAAAAUGUCCUAAGUUGUUGUUUUUUUUAAAUUUUAUUUCUAAUUUUGUUGCACUGUUAGGAAAAUAUAGAUAUAACAAUUAUAAAAAUUAUAACAAACAAGAAAUAUGAUUGAUAGAUUUCUUGCCUUCUUUACCUUUGACUUUGGAAGAAAUAGUCACUGUAGUUGCGAUUAGAUGUGAUGGGUUACUAAUGAAAGUUCUCUGGCUUCAAGGAAUUGAGAGAUUUAUUUCUCUUCUUUUAUCCUGAAGCUUAGUAUUCUGAGAUACAGAAUUAAGACACCCUUUUUGUCUUCUUUUUGGCACUACUGAAUGCAAAAUUCAAUUUCAUUUCUUUUUUUGUAUCAAUGAUACCUAGAUUUCGGUACCCUUUUUUUUUUUUGACACUCACGGGUGAACUUGUGCUUACAGAUAUCAUUGAAAAUUCUUACCAUGGUAGUUGUUAGGAGAAGCCCUCUUGCUUUUGGAGCUUCUCUCUGACAGGGUAGGAGCUGGUAAAGUUACCACCUGGAUUUUUAAGGGGACUCGUGUUAAUUGCUCUUCAGUGAUUGUUGUUGUUGUUAGUUUUUUUUUUUUCUGCAUGCUACUUUUGAAACUUAGAUUAGAACCAGGUACAUGUUCUAUAUGCUGUCAGUUUGUAUCGGCCUAACAACAAAAUGAUGUGAUUUCAUGAUUGACUCAUGUCCCUCCAGGCCACUCUUCAGUACUGUGUCAUAAAACCCAUCAUGGCAGUCAUUACACUCAUUCUUCAGCCACUUGGUUACUACUCUGAUGGAGACUGGAGGUAAUCACAGUCAUGUGACUGUAUUUGUCUUAUAUUUUAGGUUUGAUUUAAAUUACAAAAAAAGAAACUGUUUGAUAAAAGUGUUCUGUUAACAAUUCCUUAGAUCUUUGUCCCAAAAAUUGAUAUUGCUAAGAUAAAUAUUGUUUAAAAUAGCACACUUUUGUAACCAGUAUACUUAAAUAUAACUAGCUUUUGCAUCAGGCAUUCAAAUUGCCACCAAGUUGAAGGGGAAGCUGUUUAACCACUGACGUGGGUGUGAUGCUUCCAAACACCCACCUCCUAUUCCAUUUAUCAGGGUGCCUGCUUUGUGUGUUUUUAAAAUCCUUCCUAGUACUAAGAUGGGCAAAUUGAUUAGUGAACAGGCAUAGAUUUUUUGUUGAUAUGAAAAGAAAUAAAAGAAAAAAGUUGAAAUAAAAGAUAUUUCACCAAGAAGUAUCAUGUUAGGGUUGUGUGAUUAUGAGCUUAUGGUCAUUUGUGUUAGUAAUUAGUACCAUCACCAUCUGGUAUUCAGAGUAUGAGACUCACUCAAAUAUCUCUUGGUUGUAGGCUUUUUUACUAAGGGUGAAUAAAUGGUGAACUAUUAAUCUGCUUAGGAAGUACAUCAGUCCAGUAGAUUAAUCAUGUUUAGAUUAUUAAACUGUUUUUAUUGUUGUAUUUCAGAGCUGACCGUGGCUAUCUGUAUAUCACAAUAGUGUACAACAUCACAGUAUCACUGGCUCUGUAUGCAUUGUUUCUGUUCUAUCAAGCCACACGAGAUCUUCUUAGUCCUUACUAUCCUGUGCUGAAGUUUUUUACCAUAAAGUCAGUUAUUUUUCUUUCUUUUUGGCAAGGUAAGAGUAAUUUCUAUCAACGCCUUUUAAAAGUAUAUCUGGAUGACCGUGUUUUAAGAUUCAAAGAUUUAUUAGCCUUAACUAAAUUAUCGACAAUGAAUGCCGCCAUUUUGAAUCUUGCUGAGCAACCUGGCCGCACAUAUCUGACGUAAUUAAGUCACAGUCCUCUUUUUCCAUCCAUGGGCGAUCUGUUUGAACUUUACACAGCCAUACAGAAGUGAUUCUUGCCAGAGAAAAAAAAAAGACAACAAAAACGAUGUUGUACAAAAUUUUUGUUUCCUCAGGUGUUCUACUAGCUGUGCUAGAAAAGGCGGGAGCCAUCAGAACAUAUCGUGACUUAUCCGCUGGCACAAUUGCUGCCGGAUAUCAGAACUUUGUGGUCUGCAUAGAAAUGUUCUUCGCUGCCAUUGCUCUCAGGCACGCCUUCCCUUACUCGAUUUAUCGCCAUCAGAGAAAACUUGACGAGCGAGGGCAAGGAAUCGCGUUGAAAAGUAUCUCUAGAAAUCUAAGACAAACGAUAAAUCCUAAAGACAUUGUAGAUGAUGCGAUUCACAACUUCUCCAGAUCUUAUCAGCAUUACGCAAACGCGCAGAAUCUAAAAACUUUCAACGAGGAAAGCACUGUGCAAGCGAAUUCUGUAACUUCAUAUCGAAGUACUGUUGUGGAAAACUUGGAUUCAAUUAAACCUGGAAUGCAAAUCACAGUUCUUGAUGGCCAUGGAUACAGAUACGAUAAUGAGAAUUCCACGCUACUUGCGUCUGACGAGGAAUUUUAGUAUUUGUUACCUCUUAACUGUGGUAUUCGGCAAGCACCAAAAUGAAAAGAAAAAGAAGAAAGAAAAGAAGAGAGGAGAACGAAGAAAAAAAGAAGAACAUUUUAAGUAAAAUUUGACUUGGAAAAAUAUGAGGAAAUGGAGAGUGAAGCCAAUCUUUUGGCGAGGUUUGAGGAUUCGAGUACGCCUUGGCCAUCCUUGUUUAAUACGAUGAACAAGACGUAUUGAGUAAGAAAAGAAAAAAGCGGUCUGAAAAUUAAUGAACCUCCUGAUUCAGGGGGCUCAUGAGCAAAAAAAAAAAAUGGAUUGCGGUUCGCAAGCGUUUAUUUUCGUCCCAUUCAAAAGAGAAGGUUAAUACUGUCUUUUUGUAACAACAUCUAGAAGACCUAUAGCAUGAUAUCCUUAACUCGAUAAUCUGAGGUGAGAGCACCUUUUUUGUUUACUACAAAGAAUUGAACCGUUCGAACAAAAAAGGCUUUAAGGCAGUCUUCUCUCUGAUAAAAAAUAAAGUGUGGACUUGGGAAACAUUUUCACAAUCUAAGUUUCUUGCGUAAACUUUUAACUGUUGUAGAUGAUUCCAUCCGAUCAUAAUUAUUUUGUUUCGUUAAAUAUGUAUGAUUAUUGAUGGUUAAUUACAACUCCAUCCAGACUAUUCCAUUAAGAUCUAAAAAAAAUAGUGAACAGAAUCAGUUGUAAUAAAGUGAUGAAUGAAAAAUUUCUCCGCAACCAGCGAGCAAGCAAAGUAUCUAAAAUUUUUGCAGUUUAGUUUUUUCUCCGAAACUAACUUGUUUUGUAAAUAUGACAGAUUGAAUCUGUAGAUGUAAUGUUUGUUUGUUUACGUUACUUAAGAUUGAAACUAGUUUGUUAUAUUGUUUACACCAGAAAUCUACUUUUAGUGAUGAUAUUGUAAGUCAGAAGACGCGAGUGCUUAAGUUUGCAGCGUAAAAAAUAAUUUAAGGCAGUUUUUAAGACAUUCAUUGCUUUGUCAUUCAUCUUGCUCGGUAUAAAUGAUGUGCGUUUUGGCUAAGCAUCAAAUGUCUUUUGUACAUUUUGUCUCAAACAUUUAAAUUGUAAAUUUAUUUUAAAGCUAUUGUUAUUUAUUCAUACCAGUACCAUUCAAUUCAUUUAUGUAGAUGUAUUUUUCCGCUCAGAAAAGUUGAUGUAAAUAUUGCUUUCAUUGUAACUGAAUAAAAAUAACUAAGUGUUUU